GGAUUGAAAUUGAGAGAAUCAGAUUUCAUUUCAGAUCAACCAUUUUCUCUCACUCUUUUGUUUUCUCUCUCAUUAAGGAAAAGAGCCUUAAAUCAAAAUUCGAAAAGCUUAAACCCUUCUUGUACGGACGAUCUCCAUUGAAGAAGAUAAGAUUAAGCUAUGCCGAGCAAGUGCGAAAUCUGCUGCGAAUUGCUAAUCGCUAUCUUGCUUCCUCCACUUGGGGUUUGUUUCAGACAUGGUUGUUGCAGUGUUGAGUUUUGUAUAUGCUUGCUGUUGACCAUUCUCGGUUAUGUUCCUGGAAUUAUCUACGCUCUUUAUGCAAUUGUGUUCAUCGAUCGCGAUCAGUACUUUGACGAUGACCGCCGUCCUCUUUACGUGGCUUGAUCUGUAUUGUGAUUUCUAAAUUACGUUUAUUGAAUCUGUUUUUUAAUCUGUGAUGUAGUAAUUUAUGGUGUUUGUUCAUCGAUUCUGUUUAUAUACAUUAAACUUGGAUCUCCUUAUCUCAUGUGAUAUUAUGCACGAGUUCUGUUUUGAAAUAAUGCCCUUUUGCUUGUAAUGUAGUUUUUCGAGUUGACUUUUCCUAUUUUCUUUUUCUAAUGGAAAUUGACAUUUUUAUUUUCUUA